AUGCAAUCCGACGAAGUUAUCUGGCAGGUGAUCAAUCAGCACUUUUGUUCCUACAAAGUCAAAACUACCACCCAAAACUUUUGUCGAAAUCCAUACAAUGUCACUGGUCUUUGCAAUCGUCAAUCGUGCCCUCUUGCCAACAGUCGUUAUGCCACUAUUCGGGAGCAUGAUGGUAUCAUCUAUCUCUAUAUGAAGACACCUGAACGAGCACAUUCUCCGGCCAAGAUGUGGGAAAAGGUCAAAUUAUCAAAGAACUAUGCACAGGCUUUGGCACAGAUUGAUAAAGAGCUCAUGUAUUGGCCCAAUUUCUUACAACACAAGUGCAAGCAACGUCUCACAAAGAUCACCCAAUACCUGAUAAGAAUGAGAAAGCUCAAGUUAAAGGAAAAUGAACGACCACAGCUCAUCCCCAUCAAGAAGAAACUUGAUCGCCGUGAAGCUGCUCGUGAGAGAAAGGCUGAAGCCGCUGCACGCCUAGAGAAAUCAAUUGAGAAGGAAUUGAUUGAACGAUUAAAGAACAAGGCCUACGGUGAUGCACCUUUGAACGUCAACGAUGAUAUCUGGCAAAAGAUCCUGGAUCAAGAUGUCGAGGGUGCUGAGGAUGAAGAGAGUGAAGAGGAUGACGAAAACGAGGUUGAGGAAGAAGAAGAAGAAGAGGACGAGGACGAGUUGGAGCAUGAAUUUGUGUCUGAUCUCGAAGAUGAGUCUGAUAUGGAGGAUCUCGAAGAUGGCUUCCAAUGGGAGGGUGAAGAAGAACAGGAGGAGGAAGACGAAGAGGAAGUGCAACAACGACCAAAGAAGAAGCGAGCACGAGUGGAAGUGGAAUACGAAGAAGAACGCGAUACUGCAGUGCAAACCUAG